GUUAAUUAUUCACUAGAUACUAUAGGACCUGAAAACAAUUUUCUAGGAAGGAGAGAAAGUCAGGGUAGAGACGGUUGUUUGAUUUGAAAACAGAACAAGAGAUCCUAAAUCAUCCAAACUGCAAAUCUCAGAUGGCAUAAUACAGAAUCAUGGGCUCACAAGAGCAACUCCAGAAGGAACUUGAAAAAGCUAAACCUUCAGAAGCAGAAAAUGGUGAACUGAGAACUCAAAUAGACCAAUUCCGGACCAAACUUUACCAACUUCAGAAUGAACUUGAAUGGAGAAAGGCUCGUAAUGAGACAGAUGACAUUACACUUGAUGCCAGAACAGCCCACCUAAACCUCUCCAUUGCUGGGGAUAAGAAGAGUUUGAAACAUGAAGCCCAACCUCAAAAACUUCCACCAAAUCCAGAGAGGUUUGAUUCGACUGUCUGUGUGUUGGGUUUUGAAGGAUUUUCUUCUGGAAAGCACUACUGGGAGGUGGACGUUGAGAAGAUCAGUGACUGGGACCUGGGGGUGGCCAGAAAAUCAAUACAGAGAAAAGGAAAACUUUCCCUGUCCCCUAAAGAGGGAUUCUGGGCUCUGGGUUUCAGUGGCAGAGAUUAUUGGGCAAAAACAGAUCCAUGGACUCAGGUCACGGUGCAGAAAAAGCCCCAGAAAAUUGGAGUUUACCUUAGUUACCAAGAUGGGUGGGUGACAUUUUUCAAUGUAACUGACAUGUCUGUGUUGUUCACAUUUAAUGAUUGUUCAUUCUCAGGAGAGGUUUAUCCAUUCUUUAAAAAUUCCCACAAAGAAACAACAAUGAGAGUUUGUUCAAUUAAAGAAGAGGAAUCAAUUUAAAAUGUUGUGAUGUUCCGUUUUGUUGACCAAAAUUUAGCCAAAGCCCUGUGCUGCUUCAUGGCACUGUUGACCAAACUGAAUCAAAGUAACAGAAUGCUUUGCAGUUAGAAGAAAGGUGAUCUGGAAGAACAUUCCCUGUGAAAUUAUAUUUACAAAUAUUGCUAAUGCUGCAGGUGUGGCUCCCCAAAUAAGGAAUGGAACUGUACUGGAAUCUCACAAACAGAGCUAUUAAUGAUGAAAGUAAUUUUUUUCAUUGCUAACUUCCAGUUUAUCUGGAUUAGGUGUAUUAGCAGCUAAGAGUAAGCAAAUAAUGUCCUAAACUAAUGUUUCUCUGCUAAACUGAAUAACCAGUCUUUGAGUCAGGUAUAAAUACAGAUGGGGAAUGCACCCGAUCUUGCGAAAGUUUGACCAGUUGCACUAGUGUCUUCAGGAUGGGUUGGUAAUUGACUUUUCC